UCUAAACUCUUCAGCAAUCCUCCAAGAGUAGACCUCUCAGUCACCAUUCUCUCUUCAGUCACAAUUGCAAAGUUGACCAAAACAUAGCGUUAACUUGCAAUUUGCCUUCUUAUCUGCAAAAUUGUGAAAACUCGAAGGAGCUUCAAAAACUUUUGUUUUUUGACUUUUGUUUUUUAUUUGAAAGGAUUCAUCUCUGCAAGUGAAGCUGUGCGCCCUCACAGCCUGUCACUGCAGACUCUGGGCACAGCACUUGGAUUUAGAAAGAAGGAUUUUCUCCUUUUUUUACUGCGAGCAGUUAUUGUUUAAUUUCUUCGCAUGAAUCUACUCGACCCUUACCUGAAGAUGACAGAAGAACAGGAGAAGUGUCACUCUGACGCUCCCAGCCCCUGCAUGUCUGAGGAAUCCGCAGGCUCACCGUGCCCGUCCGGCUCCGGCUCGGACACCGAGAACACCCGGCCGAUCGACAACCACCUCCUCUUGGGUACAGACUACAAGAAAGAGGGAGACGAAGAGAAGUUCCCCGUGUGUAUCAGAGAUGCGGUGUCCCAGGUGUUGAAGGGUUACGACUGGACGCUGGUGCCCAUGCCGGUGCGCAUUAAUGGCUCAAGUAAAAAUAAACCUCAUGUCAAAAGACCCAUGAAUGCAUUCAUGGUUUGGGCUCAAGCUGCACGGAGGAAGUUGGCCGAUCAAUACCCGCAUCUGCACAACGCGGAACUCAGCAAAACCCUGGGCAAACUUUGGAGACUGCUCAACGAAACCGAGAAGCGCCCGUUUGUGGAAGAAGCUGAGCGUUUGAGAGUGCAGCAUAAGAAGGAUCACCCCGACUACAAAUAUCAGCCAAGGCGGAGAAAGUCUGUGAAGAACGGCCCCAACGACCCCGAGGACGGCGAGCAAACCCACAUCUCUCCAACCGCGAUCUUUAAGGCUCUGCAGCAGGCCGACUCUCCAGCCUCUAGUAUGGGAGAGGUGCAUUCUCCAGGAGACCACUCAGGUCAGUCCCAGGGCCCACCAACACCCCCAACCACCCCAAAGACAGAGCUCCCUACCAGCAAAGCUGACUUAAAGCGUGAGGGGCGCCCCAUGCAAGAGGGCACCAGUCGCCAGCUCAACAUCGACUUUGGCGCUGUGGACAUUGGGGAACUGAGCAGCGAGGUCAUCUCCAACAUGGGGAGCUUUGAUGUCGAUGAGUUUGAUCAGUAUCUGCCCCCUCACAGCCAUGCUGGGCUGAAUGGAGCGGCGCAGGCCGGCUACACCAACGGCUACGGCAUCGGCAGCUCCUCUGUCAGCCAGGCGGCCAAUGUCGGGGCCCACGCCUGGAUGGCCAAGCAGCAGCAGCAGCACUCUCUGACCACCCUGGGUGGAGGAGGAGAGCAAGGCCAGCCGGGCCAACAGAGAACCACCCAGAUCAAGACAGAGCAGCUGAGCCCCAGCCACUACAGUGAGCAGCAGGGCUCCCCACAGCACAUCACCUACGGGUCCUUCAACCUGCAGCACUACAGCAGCUCCUCUUACCCCUCCAUCACCAGAGCACAGUAUGACUAUUCAGACCACCAAGGUGGCGCCAACUCCUACUACAGCCACGCGGCUGGCCAAGGCUCCGGCCUGUACCCCACCUUCAGCUACAUGAGUCCCAGCCAGAGGCCGAUGUACACCCCGAUCGCAGACACCACCGGGGUGCCCUCUGUUCCCCAGACCCACAGUCCGCAGCAGUGGGAGCAGCAGCCCAUUUACACACAGCUGUCCAGGCCAUGAGGCGGCCCUCGGCACUGACUGUACAACACCCAUCACAUGCAUAGACUUCUCUCUGCCGGGUCCUUUGUGCCACCGUGCCACCAUGCCACACCCUUCGUUGCCAACAGAAAAACAUGAAAGGACUUUUUUUAUAGUACUGAAAAUAUAUCUUUGGAUUGGCUCACAACAGUGCCUUUUGUAUCGGUUGGAAUUGUGAUUAUAUUUUUUUAGAUAUAAUGUUUAAAAAAAGUGAAAUCCUCUGUGAGGACAUACUGGUUAUAAAUAUGUUAGUAUGUACUGUGUAUGUGUUCUGCUCUUCUCAUCAUCGUCAUAAUUUGUGUCAUCAGCAUCCUCAUCAUCACGUUUAGAAGAUUUAACACAUCUGAACGAGCGGGAAUGCCGGGUAAAAACACCCUCAGUGGCCUUACUUCUCACUAAUGUAUUUUUUGUACAAAAGCAAGAAACAUCAGUUUACUGACACUGCCGUCUUAUUAUACCUAAAGCCUACAUUCUGCUUUGAAUUGUUGUACUGUACAUAUUUUAUUGUAAUUUCCAUGAGAUGCAGGAUUGAGCAAUGCAGGUUUGAAAUAGAUUACAUUUGUUUGGCCAUGAUAUGACAGUGUCAACAGUGACUUAGUUAAAUGUUCUUGUUCUUUGCUUUAGCUCAAAGUAUUGUGUUGGAAACGCUAUAGCAGGUGCCAUGUUAUUCUACUAGGGGCCUUACCGUGUUGCUUCAUGUAACUGAGCAAUGCUUACUUUUAUCUGGGUACUGCCUUGAUACCAUUGGUGCCUCUGGAACCACAGUGGAGAGGCUCUUUCCUCUGGCAUUGCAGUGUCAAAACCACAGCAUAGUUCUGACUUCCUGCUUGUGGAGAUGCAGGAAGUGACCUUUGACCUGAUUCUCCUCAGCAGCCAGCAGGUCUGAGUCUGGCGUGCUUCUAUCAUUCCUACAGCUCCAUCCUUUUUUCUAACCUUUUUCCUAAUUUAUUCUUUAGAAUUAAUUUUAUUUGGAAAUAACUAUUUGCAAUUAUCUUUUUAAUUACGCAGCAGCUAACUGAGAUAAAAAGUUCCUCAGUGGAUUAGUUUGCUGUCAUAUGUGGUACAGAUUUGUUUAUUUAUCAUUUGUAAAUGUUUCCGUAUAAAAGUUUCUUUUAUUCAGGAUUUAGUUAUUGUACAGAUUACUUAUAUAAUUACACAAUGAGUCUCUCUAUAAAAAAAAGAAAACUGGAAGUGUUCUCCUUUUCUUUCUAACAAAUGAAUUAAUGAGUAUGGAAGUUGCGACGUUUGUUUUUGUUAAGGAUUUGCUGGAAUCAACAAGAUACUUUUUGUUUUUGGAAAAAAGUUGUGUUCCUUAUUUUUUAUUCUGUAUCAUUAGUUCCCAUUUUGUCAUCUCCUUAAUGCAGUUUCUGUAGGUAAACAUGGCAUUGUCUUAAAAGCUUAUCUUUUGUAUUAUAUUGUUUGCAAUAAAAACAAAACCCUGAGAAAUA